GUAUUGAUUCAUGUUUGUAGGCGUCCCCUAAUGUGUCAAUGUUUCCUGGGUUUAUGAGCAGACUGCCUUGUGAGAAAUUUCAUGGUUAAAUCCUAGGUAAAAGAAAAUGUUUUACAUUAUUAACAUCCCUGCUUUAUUAGGGUAAUUAAGGGCAGAGAGGUGGAAUGAUCUUUGGAGUAUAUUCAGGAAAAUGUUCUUGAUCAGUCUGGUUUUGGCUCAACAAGGAAGGAGGGGCUUGAUAGCAUGCCACAUAAUGGACUUGCAAGCACAUUAAGGCGUAAGGAAAAUUUAUCAGUAUGGUUCCAGGAAUUAGGAAUCCAGUGACAUGGAUAAACGGGAUCUAGCAUCAUUUUCAAAAGGAGAGAAGUUUGAUAAGCAAUUUAGUAGAGGUAUUUCAAAAUUAUGAUGGAUGUGGGCAGAAUAAAUCGAAAUAAACAGCUUCAGUUAGCAGAAGGAUUAAAAUUUUCAAAACAAUGAUUUAAGUGAUUGAUAUAGAAAGCAGUGCUGAUGUAAGGGUAAAACGUUUUUAUGCAGUGAAUAGUUAGGACCUGGAGUGUACUGUGUUGGAGGCAGAUUCAGUUUUUUUUCUAUUCAUUCAUGGGAUGUGGUAUUGCUGGCUAGGCUAGCAUUUAUUACCCAUCCCUAAUUGCCUAGAGGGCAGUUAAGAGUGAAGUACAGUGCUGUAGGUCUGGAUUCACAUGUCAACCAGACCAGAUAAGAUUGGCAGUUUUCUUCCCUAAAGCAUAUUCGUGAACCAGAAGGUGUUUCCCUGACAGUUGGCGACGGUUAGUUACUUACAAAUUUUUAUUAAAUUCAGAUUCCAUCAUCUGCCAUGGCAGGAUUCAAACGUGGGUCCCCAGAACAUUACCAAGGCCUGGAGACGAAUAGUCUAGCAAUAAUAUCGGUAGGCCAUCACCUCCCUUUUGUGACUUGCAAAAGGAAAUUGGACAUACAUUUGAUGAGCGAAAACCUGUACAGCUGCAGGAAGUUUAUCCAGAGCCUGCCAGACAAAGGUAAACGAAUCGCUGAGUUUAUAAAAAAACUAGAAGCAGCAAUUUCUCAGCAUGAAGAAGUGGAGCGAGCAGCUGAAGUGCUUUCAGCUUUUAAACUGGAGUUUCAAAACAAGCAACAGGUGAUAACGCCUGACACGGAAAUUCUCAAUCUCAGGACGGCAUCCCCAACUCUAACACCAGGGCAAGAAGUUGGAAACAAAUUGAAGGAUUGUAAUGAAGCUGAGAAAUGUGAAUAUGUUUUGAGAAAAGGUGAUGGUGACAAAUUAAAUCAGGAGAGACAUGCAUUAUUUGACAAAGACCAUGCACCACCAGGAAGUUUCACAGCUAAGAGUGCUACAAGAACUGAGAACUGUCAGGAUUCUGUGUUGGACAACCAGAAGACCAUGUAUAUACAGCAGGAAAGAAACAAUUCCGUCCAUCUACGUGACAUGGCAAAUGACCUGGAAGCAGAUCUUGUCAAUAGAGCUGACUUGCUUAGUGACAGGCUUGACAAAGUUACUUUGACAGAUAAUGGGCCCAGAAAAUUACCCCAUAAAAUCCAUGAUGAUCUAACUUUAAACAAUAAUGUCAAAUUUAAUGACAAUCCAUUUCAACCUCUGCACCCAGAAAAGAAAAGACCUCAUUAUAUUGACAUACUAGAGCACAGGGCCAAGAAUCCAAUGAUGAAAAGAGUACAAUUCAAAACUAACCACCCGAUACAGGAAUCACCUGGCAGAUUGGCACUAAAACUGUCUCCAGCAGAGCGAAGAUUAAGGGACCAGAAACAUCUGGAUGAUGUCACAGCUGCUAGACUGCCCCCACUUUACCAUUCUCCUGCUCAACUACUGUCUGUAGAAGAGUCUAGAGAACUACAAAUAUCACAGAAGCAAAAGUAUGAGUCUGCACAGGCCAAGUUAGCUGCAGAAAAACUAACACAAAGAUUGAAUGUUAAAAUGAUGAACUUUGAUCCGGAAGGUGCAUCUGCUACAGCUUUUCGAGAAUAUAGGGAUCGAGGAGACAGCAAUUCUUCAGAAGAAGAUUUGAGCUGACAAGCAUCCCUCCAAUAAUGAAAAAUCAAAAGUUGUGCCUAGUGGUGGCAAUUGAGAGGCUGUAAACAAGCCGUUCUAUCUAUGCAAAAAUUCUAUUGCAGCAUGUAACAUAUUUUUCAUACAUAGGUUUACAGAGGCUAACGCUGGUCCUUUUAUUCUUGACAUUAUAAGUAAAUUAUACCAUUUGUACAUUGUGUAAAUUGUAUAGAUGAGAAACCUUGUGCAGCAUGGAAGGCGAGCGAUUGUUCACUUUGCACCAAUAUUGUCUGUUUCACUUUUUUAAUACUAUUGCUGCACUGCAGAUUUUAUUAAUUCAAAGAAUAAACUAUUUGCAUAUUAUACAACAAAGUAAAAUUAAAGUCAAAAAUAUUGGUCAUUUAAAAGUGAAUAGAUGAGUGAGCUGUUUUAAUUUGUGGUUUAAAAAGUUAUGAAGAAAGAUAAAGUUGUCAUUUAUUUCUGUCACUGGCUAUUGGUAAUACAUUGUGUCACUAAAGCAAUAUUGUCUUAAAAAAAUGGGGAUAAUAAGUUGCAACAUAAGGCAUAUUUUCCUAGGUGCUUAAUGGUCUGGCCUAUUACAUUGUGCUGAGUUAUUUUUGCUGCAAUUUAGCUAGAAUUAGUAUAAUUAACACAAAAUAUUGAAGAAUUUUAAAUGCAAUUUUGAGUUCAACACAGUUCUAGAUUCUGUGAUCAUUUGGACUAAUUUUAAAAAUAUACUUGUAUAAUUAGGUCUUACCCAUAGUGCAACGAUACUGAAUCCAUGUUUCUUCUCACUGUGUGUAGGCUUUUCUGGUAGGCCUUUGAAGUGAACUUAAGUUUAUUUUGGUGCAAAAUAUCUUCCUUCAUUCCCCCCCCCGCAAACAAAUUAUUAUUCUCUGUCUUGAAUAAACUUAAUGGUUAAACAUUCACUGAUCCAAGAUUCAGAAAAAAACACCUUUUGAGUGAAAACUUUUUUUUAACCUCACUUUUGUUGUAAGUGGGCAAUCCCUUAUUCUGAAACAAUGGCCUGUAGUUCUCAGCUCCCCAGUCAGAAGAAAUUUUCAAGGCAUUCACAUUAUCAAUCCUCUUAACAGUUAUGCAUUUCUGUGAGACCACCUCUUACUUUUCCAUGUUAUUUAUUUAUGCAUGUUAAAUGCUACGUAGUAUUAGAUAUGCAGAUUAGUUUGAGCAGAACUCAUGGGAAAACAUUUUCAAAAUGGAUGCAGAGUUGUGCUAGAAACAGUAAUUAUGCUUAAGGCAGAAACUGUGCCCCAGUAUCUGUCCAACCCAUAUCAUUGUAUGGCAUCAAAGAAUUUGAGAUUUAAAACAAGUGUUAUUUACAGCCUUGUUUAUGAUCCUCCAUUUAAAUCACUUUGGGAGCCAGUUGAAAUGAGACUUGACUAUACAAUGUAAAUUUAAUCGAGAAGAUUGGAAGGAAAUUUAUUUUGACAUUGUCUUGUUCCAUCUACGUUAUUUGUGGCCCUAAAGUUUUUUUUCUACUUAAACCAAGCAAGUCCAUAACCUUAGAUAACAAAGUGUGGAGCUGGAUGAGCACAG